UUGUGUUGCUCAAAAUAUUAAACAUUUUACAGCAUUAUAGUAUAAUACAAUAUUUAUCACGUUUGGCCAGUGUGUGACCAACUGGAACUGUAUGAUUGAAAAUCGUCUUUAUUAUGGAUGCGAUUUGAAUUGGAAAAAUUGAUUCCUAUAUCAAGAAAAAAUGAGUCAAACAGAUGAAAGACCAAAGUCAGACAUUAUAGAGGAUUCACUUCCCCCAGAACUCAGUAGUACUGUGAACAGGAAAACUAACAAUUCACCAGUCAAUGAUCAACCACCUCCACCAUACAAAUCUUUGAAUGAUAUCAGCCCACCUGGAGACAAAAAUGAUGUAGUACGCCCGUCAUCAUUACAUGGAAGUAGCAGACAACCAGUUCAACAUGAUGAUACAGCAGUAGAAACCCAUACUGUUCAGGUAAGUGGAGGGGGAGAUGCUGAUUCAUCUCUUGAAGAAGUUGCAGAACAACAGCAAACAACAACGGAAUCGGAGAAUGAAUUUUCUGAAUCAAUGCUUGCUGAUCUCGAUGAUUUGAUUAAUCAACCACGUUGGGUUGUACCUGUUCUACCAGGAGGGCAAUUGGAACUUCUGCAGAAGGCUGCUAUUAAGUUGGUAAAAUCAGGUCUCGAUACCAAAAAUGAAGCUUGCCAAAGAUUUUUUCGUGAUGGUUUGACAAUAUCGUUCAGCAAAAUUUUAACAGACGAGGCAGUGAGUGGAUGGAAGCUCAAUAUCCAUAAAUGUAUUUACAAUAAUGCUGAACUUCUGGUUGAACUUUGUGUUGCUAAGUUGAGAGAUGACUGGAUGCCACUUCUUGAUUUACUAGCGAUGGUUUUCAAUCCUCUCUGUAAGUUUCAUAUUUAUAAUGGGAAUCGAUCAUCUUCCACUGAUCCACCUGGUGGCCAAGUUAACCCUGACGAACUGUUUGCAAGAACUGCAGAUUCAAGACAACCAAAGGGCUGGCUUGUUGAUCUUGUCAAUAAAUUUGGAAAGUUGGAAGGAUUUAAAAUUCUUUUGGAAAGAUUUGAAUCUGGAACUGCACUUAAUCUUGCCAUUAUCUAUGCACUUAUAAGACCAUUUGGAGAAGUGGCAGAUCUGAUAACUCCUCGCACUGUGCAGACGUAUCUGGUUCCAAUUACUGGAAUAAUCAUCAGUUGCUUAGAGGGCUUGACUGACGAUGAAUUGAAGAAAGAAGCAAGCAAAAGUGAACAAAGAAAUGACACCCUUUCUGCCGUCAUCAAAUUUCUCAGAAAACUGAUGGCUCGUUUACCCACGGAAGAUGGGGAAAUCGAAAUUCGUUCUCUGGAGAUGUUCAGAUUGAAAAUGAUAUUGAGACUUCUACAGAUUCCAUCCUUCAGUAGUAAGAUGAAUGCCUUGAAUGAAGUAAAUAAAGUGAUAAACAACGUAUCGUAUUACUCAGCUCAUGCUCAUAGAGAUGAUGAAGAGGAAUGGCUUACAUCUGAAAGAAUGGCGGAAUGGUUAAAAGAGAAUCAAGUGCUGUCUAUUGUGUUACGAGACAGUCUUCAUCAACCACAAUAUGUUGAAAAACUUGAAACCAUUCUUCGUUUCGUCAUCAAAGAAAAAUCACUUUCAAUGGAAGAUCUGGACAGUAUAUGGGCGGCCCAGGCUGGAAAACAUUCAACCAUUGUUCAAAACGUUCACGAAUUAUUGACAAAGCUAGCAUGGGAUUUUUCACCAGAACAACUUGACCAUUUAUUUGAACUUUUCAAGCAAAGCUGGGAAGGAGCAAAAAAGAAGCAACGUGAAACAUUAUUGGAAUUAAUAAGAAGAUUAGCAGAAGAUGACAAAGAUGGCGUCAUGGCUCACAAAGUUCUCAAUUUAUUGUGGAAUUUGGCUCAUUCUGAAGAUGCUUCAACUGAAAUUAUUGAUCAAGCACUCACUGCACACAAGAAGAUUUUGGACUACAGUUGUACUCAAGACAGAGAUGGACAGAAGAAAAGAUGGAUUACAAAAGCUAUUGACGAAUUAAAAAAUGACAACUGGGUCAUUCCUGCUCUGAGACAAAUUCAAGAAAUAUGUCAGCUUUUCAAUGAGGCACCACAAAAUUAUCAGCAUGUUCAUCGUAAUCAGCAUGUGUUAUAUCGACAUAAUGUUAUUUCCAAUUUACAAGAUACUUAUUCUAUGGUUACCAUGGUUGCAACUAACUUGUCUUCAUAUCUACAAUUUUCUCAAGAAUAUUUAAGAGAAAAUCCUGAUUAUGAUCCACAAACUGUACGUCCUGGUAGUCGAUAUACCCACAUUCAAGAAGUUAACGAGCGACUUCAUUUUCUGAGAUUUCUACUGAAAGAUGGACAACUGUGGUUGUGUGAACCACAAGCUCGUCAGAUAUGGCAUUGUCUUGCUGAGAAUGCAGCUUACGUUUCUGACAGAGAAUCUUGUUUUCAAUGGUUUUCUGAAUUAAUGGGAGAGGAACCUGAUCUUGACCCUGAAAUUAUGAAGGCAUUCUUUGAGAACAAUAUUCUCCAGCUCGACCCUUCUCUACUCACUGCUCAUGGUAUGCUUUGCUUCGAAAGAUUUUUCAAAUCAGUGAAUUGUCGGGAACAAAAGUUAGUUCAGAAACGCCAAAGUGGAUCAAGUUUUAUGGUCGAUAAUUUGGAACUUAUCGGACUCGAAUAUUUGUGGAGAGUUCUCAUGAAUGGAACUGAUGAAAUAGCUGGGAAAGCCAUUGAACUUCUGCAGGAAACUUAUACAAAUCUUGGACCACAAUUACGUACUAAUCAAGCUGAAAUUCAUGAGGAUUUUGUACAGUCUUGUAUGGAUAGAUUGAAAGCAUCUCUGGACACUAUACAAAUUCUUGUGACUGACAAAAGUGUUUCGAGCGCUGAAAACAAUCCCAAGAUCAACUUUGAAACUCAACGAAUGAUUCGAGUGUUGACUGUUUUGCAAGAAUAUAUCACUGAAUGCGACCAAGAGUUUAUGGGAGAAAGAACAAUGUUGCCGACACAUCGUGCAUGCAGAGGAUAUAAUAUUGUGCUCGUUAUUCGAGUCGCUCUACAGUCUCGUCAAAAUGAUGAAUUUGAAGUUUGGACGCAUUCGAAUGCAACUCUCGGUUCUGUGAGGAAGCAAAUUUUGAGUCAUUUCAAGAAUGUAACAGCAAAUAAUACAAAUGUGGAAAUGUAUGUCAAUGGGGAAGUUCUACUGAAUGAACAUGACAGGAAAUUGAUCAGCAAUUUACCUUUGAAAGAUAGAACGCAUGUAUCUGUGAAGUUGGUUCCAAUCAAACCUUCAUCUAAAAACAAGGAUGUUACGUCAUCACCGGACUCUAGUUCUGAUAGUUCAAGAUCUUCUCCUACUUUUUAUCUUGCUUUACAUGAACCUAAUCCGGAAGUAGAAGCUUUGUUACCUGGAGUGAUCAUGUCGAAGAAGCCAAAGUAUGCUCAAUUCCUAUUCCAAGUUGCUGAUCUUGGAUGUGAACUUGAUGUAUCAGAGUUACGUGAUGGGGCUCGUAAUUUACUUCAACUUAUGCCUUGCAAUGAAGGAACUGUACAGAAUAUUCAGCAGUUAACGGAAGAUAUUGCGAAAUCCAAGAUGUCUGUUCCACCUAAACCACCAUCAGCUGCGAUUGAAUCUUUAUUUUUUCUUCCAUCAAGUUCAGAAACUUUAUAUAACUUGCAGGUUUUGUAUGCGAUGUUGCUACCUGCUGAGAGAGCAGAAAGCAGAGAAAAAACUACAGAAGUUCAGAAAAAUUUUCUACUCAGUGGUGGAAUCCAAGUAACCAUUGAUAUGUUGGUGAGAGAUAACUUCAUUGCAAGAGCAGAUCCACAUACAAAAUGCGCUGCACUCACUAUAGUACUACAAGUUGCAAAGCUGAUGUUUACUUCUGUUGCAUAUGCACGAGUUGCCUCGGUGGUGGAAGCUUUACAAGAAGCGAAUAGUGCAUCGUCUGGUCAAUCACAACAAAUGGUAGUUUCUCCAACUGUUCGUAACCAAGCUGGUAUUCUUCAGAAUGCACUUUCACAAAUUCCAAAUCCAACUACACAUAUUGUAUUGAAAAGUGUUGCAGUGAGAUUAGGACAAGGAUGCCAUAAGCAGGUUAAAGACAAAUUACCGGAUUUGAACACAGUGAAAGCUGUGAUGAAGUUGGCUUGGUGUUCUGGUAGUGGAUCUCUGCAUUUAAUGAAUGCCAGUAAUGAAGAAUUGCAUGAGGCUUAUGAAAAGAAUGGUGGAAUGCAUGAAUUGUCUCUGGAAAGUAUUUUACUUUGCCAAGAAGCUUUAGAAGUGUUGACUAUCAUGCUUGCUACUUAUCCUCCUGCUCUUGAAUCGUUACAUAAAGACAAAUCCUGGCAAAAGUUUGUUAUUGAUUUACUUCUUCUGUGCCCUAACAGAGAUGUAAGACUCACUGCUGUCGACCAAUUUUUAUUGAUGUCAACAAAAUGUGUCGGAAGUACAAAACCAUUGGUGUUUUUCAUAACAUUGUUAUUCACGGUUUUGUUGACCACUGUCCGUGAAUACGCAUUGCAGUCAACGGAAUUCUUCAUGUUAUUGUGCAGGCUACUCAACUAUGCAUAUUGUACUAAUAUUCAACUACAAAAUUCUCAAGUUCUACUCAACAAUGAGAUUGAGUGGUUAAAGAAAGUGAGAGAAAAUUCGAAAGCUGUUGACGAACAAUCUGUUGACAAUACAUUGCUUGCUGGUCAUUUAUGUAUCUGUAAAGAACUUUUGUCGUUCUUGUCUCCUGAGAAGAAAAAACAAGUCGGAUCUGAAAAAAAUGGGCCAGGAUUGAUUAAGGAGCUUAUAGAAGACUUCCUAUUCCCUGCGUCAUGUAAAUUAAUGCGGCAUCGUAUUGGUGCCGCUCCUGUGAUGCCAGCCAUGGUCAAAUCGAUUUGUGAAUUUCCCAGUACAAUAUCAUCAGCAUUUGAUUGUCUUGCUGCUCUAUGUCACGGCAGUGUACCUAACCUACGUCUGGUUGCUCAUAUGCUUUCCGAGAUGUUUUACUCAGAACAAGACCAGCCGUUGUGUGACUGGGAGUAUUUACCACCAGUUGGUCAAUGCCCUUCCAAUGGUUUUGUCGGAUUGAAAAAUGCUGGAGCUACUUGCUAUAUGAAUGCUGUCAUUCAACAAUUAUUCAUGAUCCCUACGAUAAGAGAUGGAAUACUGGCUGCCGAUAACACGGAAUAUGGAAUGAAAGCUAUUGAAAGUGAAAAUGAAGGAUUUGAAGAACAAGACCAGGAUAGAGUGAUAGAGGGAAAAGAAGAAAAUGAUGAAUCGAGUGAAAUAAUAAAUACUUCGAAAUCUUCGAGCGAUGCCUGUAAACCUGUUGGUUCGAAGUCGCAAGAAAGAAUUGAUUAUAUCUGUACGCAACUCCAUCAUUUUCAAGUUAUAUUUGGACAUCUGGCAAAAAGCAAACUGCAGUACUUUGUACCGAAAGCAUUUUGGAAACAUUUCAGAUUGGCAAACUCGACUGAACCUGUGAAUCUUCGUGAGCAGCAUGAUGCCUUAGAAUUCUUCAGUACAAUAACUGAAGAUUUAGAUGAAGGGUUGAAACAUCUUAAACAACCACCCCUGUUCAAACAAGUAUUUGGAGGAAGAUUUUCUGAUCAAAAGAUUUGUAAAGGAUGUCCUCAUAGAUAUUCAAAUGAGGGUGAUUUCAUGCCGUUGAACAUUGAUAUUUUACUUCAUCAAAAUCUUAUCGACUCGUUGGAAAAUUAUGUGAAAGGUGAUUUGUUAGAAGGUGAUAAUGCUUAUACUUGUGAACGCUGCAACAAAAAGGUGGACACAGUGAAAAGAAUGUGUUUCAAGAAACUUCCUCCUGUUUUAUCCAUCCAACUGAUGAGAUUUAAAUAUGAUUAUGACAGAAAAUGUCCGAUCAAAUACAAUGAUUACUUUGAAUUUACUCGAGAGAUUGACAUGGAACCGUACACUGUUUCGGGAUUGUCAAAAAUUGAAGGAGAGGUUAUUGAUGAAAACAUGGAUGAUGCAGAUGAAGAUGUGCCAACAAAAUACAGAUUAGUGGGUGUUGUUGUUCAUAGUGGACAAGCAAGUGGGGGACAUUAUUACUCGUAUAUUUUACAAAGAUCUAAGCGAGGCGAUAAAUGGUAUAAAUUUGAUGAUGGUGAUGUACAAGAAUGUAAUUUUGAUGACGACGAAUUGAAAAAUCAAUGUUUUGGUGGCGAAUACGUCGGUGAAGUGUUUGAUCACAUGAUGAAAAGGAUGUCAUACAGAAGACAGAAACGUUGGUGGAAUGCUUAUCUUCUAUUCUAUGAAAGAGUUGACGUUACAAGAUCGUAUGAAUUGAGUAAAAGUCUGCAUGACCUAUCACUCGGAUCUUCAUUCAAUGGACCCAAACUCCCAAAACAUGUGGAACAACUUGUUCAAGAUCAGAACAUUGAAUUCAUGCAUAAUAAAAUGCAAUUCAGUCCAGAGUAUUUUACGUUCAUGCAGAGAUUGCUUAGAAUAAACAAUGAGUUUUACAUUCCGGAUAAAAUUCAUGGCUUACAAGAAGACGCAGAAAAACUUGCAAUGAUCAGUACCCAGCUUGCAGCAAAGUUUCUUUUCACAACAGGUCUUCAUACAAAGAAGACUGUCCGCGGAGCAGCAAUUGAUUGGUAUGAAACAUUGUAUAUAUUAUUGCAAUGUUCAAAACAUACAAGAAGUUGGUUCAUUCACAAUGUGUUGUUCAGUAACCCAAGCAGAAUAUCAGAAUAUUUAUUGGAAAGUCUUUCAACUGAAAUUCGAGCCAUGUUUGCGAAAUUAUUGGUGUUUUUAGCUCAUUAUACAAUGAGUGAUGGGUUUGUUUCACCACCUGAGAUAUUUCGUCAAAGCUUUUCUGAGCCACAAAUGCAGCUUACGUUGAGUGACUACAUACUCCAUUCUAUAUUAUUGCUUCUUCAUAAAGAAGUUGCGGAAAAUGGUCGACAUUUGACUCAAUAUUUUUCACUUUUCCUGAUGUUUGCUAAUCUUGGUCCUAAAAAUAAGCACCAGUUAUUGAAAAUGGAUGUUCCUUAUCUCCUGAUGAAAGUAGCAUUGGACGAAGGUCCUGGUCCUCCAAUCAAAUAUCAAUAUGCUGAACUGGGAAAGCUAUAUGCUGUUGUUUCUCUGUUGAUUCGUUGUUGUGAUGUGUCAAUGUAUUAUCACAGCUCUAAAGCAGGAACCAGACCAUUACCUAUGCCAAUGGCUGAUCGUGGAAUCAAACAACCACUUAUGCAGUUGCAAGCUAACGUUGCAGAAAAACUAUUCACAAGUAAAAAUUAUAUGAAGAAAAUUAUUGAGGACAACAACACUGCCGAUGAUACUGUAAAAUUGCUGAGAUAUUGUUGUUGGGAGAAUCCAGCAUUCUCUGGAGCUGUGUUGAGUCAGUUGUUAUGGCACGUAUCGUUCUCUUACACACAUGAACUUCGACCUUUCUUGGAUUUACUAUUUCAAGUUCUAAUGAUUCAAGAUAGCUGGCAAACUCAAAGAAUCAUCAACGCUCUGAAAGGAAUACCAGAUGACAGAGAUGGAUUGUUUGCUACGAUACAACGUUCAAAAUCUCACUAUGCCAAAAGAGCUUAUCAAUGUAUCAAAAGUUUGACGGUUUUGUUCUCAAAUUGUGAAGUCGCUUACCAGCUUUUAAUGAAUAACGGAGAUAUGAAAAAGAAAUGGUCAUGGGCAGUCGAAUGGCUCGGUGAUGAACUUGAAAGACGAACAUAUGGAUCUGGUAGCGGAAUGCAAUACUCGUAUAAUAACUGGUCUCCCCCUGCUCAGUCCAAUGAAACUUCAAAUGGAUAUUUCUUAGAAAGAUCUCCGAGUGCUAGAUUAACACUUCAAAGAGCUUGUCAACUUCUACCAGAAGAUGAACCAGAAGAAGUUGAUAAUGUAGAAGAUUCUGAAACUGAUCCCUGUCCAAUGUCUGAUCCUACUGUUGGUACAACUUAUACUCAGGCUGAGAAUCAGGAAUCAGAAGCAGGAACAUCGGGAACUUCAACAACUGAACAGAUUGAACUUCAUUCUGGUGGAACUCCAUCAACUUCUUCAGCAAAUAUCAACUUACCAACUAAACCAGUUGUAUCUGGGGAACCUAAGCAGGAAGAAGUUACUACUGGAGACCAACCUGAUGGAAGUGAAAAUACAAAAUGACAAAGAUGAAAAUUGAAAGCAGUUCUAUUUUACAUCAUUAAAAAACAAUAUGAUAUUAUCAUAUACUGUGUAUUCUAAAGUAUUCAUUUAUUUUCUCUUUGCUAUACUACGCACCUAUGACUGAUUCAAACGAUUGUUCGGAUUUUCCAAACUCGAAGAUUCGAACUUUUCUGUACAUACUUUGAUAUUGAAUCGCAUUGAAUUGAAUACGGGUCUUGCGUGCUGGCGUAUUUGUACACUAUUAAGACUCUGAUAUUGUGUGUAUCGAAUUUGUAUAGUUCCUAUUAUUGUCUCUUUUCUCGUAAUUUCUCAGCUUUUGCUCCAGUUCCAAGAACUUCUUUUUGGCAUUGUUAUAUAUAUAUAUAACUGAUGUAUAUUUUAUAUGGCUAGAUUGGCUGAUGACAUGAAUAUUUCUGAAAAAAAGUGGCAGGUUGUGCGACAUUGAAGAUAUGAGACCUAUUUUUUAAUCUAUAUCAGUGUGGACAAACACUUUUCUUAAGAUAGAUGUUCGGUUGGCUUUAUCAUAUAUGAUUGAUUUUUUGCUGUAAUUCUAAAUGAAUAGAUGGUAAUCCUUGUACCCUGCGGAAUAGGAAAUUUAUGUAGUAACUUGAUAUAACGACAUGAUAAUCGAUAUGUCAUGCAUGUUGGAUGUCUGAUUGUGGUUACUUUCCAAAGCAAAGAACUUGGUAAAUUAAAAUGUUUUUCCAUGUGAUAGAUUUUACAAUUAAUAUUUCUUCACAUUGUGGAAAACUGUCUCACAGAAUUUUUGGUAAUGUGAAUCGGUUUAUCCAAUUACAGUUUCACAAAUGGACCACAUGUUGUCAAAUUCUUUGUUUUUCAAUAAAUAUAUGCCUGUCAAAAUCGA